CCAUCAUAAAAUCGCCAGAUUGAUUGCUACUUACGCGGCCACUUGUCUAGCUUCUCGCAUACUCGUACUCGUACCCAGGCCGUUCCGUUGCGCGGCUAUACUCUGGUACCUAGCUGGCACAGGUACCUAUCUAGCCAGGCCCCAAGCUGGCUAUCAGCCCGUCGGCACGGUUCAACCCCGAACGGCCAAUCAAACCACUUUCCUCAAGCCCAAGCUCUCGUCGGGAGAUCCGAUCGGACGACAUCGCACUCAUCACGCUUCCGACCGAUCACGACGACCACGACGACCACAACCCACAGAACGGAUCAAAUGAAGUCAACACCGCUCUCCCAUCUCCACGUUGACGACGAGCUGCCACCCCUCGCAGCUCUGUUCCUCAUCCACUUCGACACGAAAAAGGGCUACACGAUCGAAUGGCACCAGACUGCGUCUCCUGACGUGGAUCUUGACGGCGUCGAAUUCAAGAGUUUGCCCUCCGGUCUCCAUAACCUCUCGGAGGACCUGGUGUACUUCGUCCACGGCGCGUAUGCGGGUCUGAGCGCGUUCCUGCAUGUCGAUGCAGGCGAAGAGGAGCGGGGCGCGCUCAUGAUCAGCGCAGGACUACUAGUCCCGCUGAGCUACGGACGCCUCGGCCGAAGCUGGAGACAUGCGGAGGGGUUGAAGCGGCUUGCUAGGAAGUUUACGGAGGACACCUCGUCGCAUACCGUGUUCGAGGAAUAUUACGAACGCCACAAGAUCAGAGAUACCGAGCCGUCGCUGCUGGUUGACGACUUGCCUACACUGAGAUCGCCGCAGCGACUACACCCAAGACAUACGCGCUCCCGCUCGAUAUCCGAGACUGGGGCCGUCCUGGUGCCGGGACAAACGCUGAGCCAGUUUCAUCCGGCGCUGUCGUUGGGUGAGUUCAUGGAUACUUUCGGCCCGCUGGUGUUUCCCAUCUACAGAGCUGCGCUCGCAAGGAAGAGGAUACUACUCGUCACCCAUGCGCCCGUUGAAAUGGCGUGUAACUUCGUCUACGAUAUAUCGAUACUGAGUAACAUCCCGCUGUCCGUGGUGGAUUUACUGUCAGUCGGCCCAGCGCGGCUGAAGCCGCUGUUCAAUGUGGGAGUCCACGACAUUCCACUGCUGGAGCACGAGGCGAAGACGCGUGCCGGUCCGUUAAAUCCCGACGUCGUCGAGGGCGAGCACGGUGCGUGGGUCGCAUGCACCACGGACGAGGUUUUAUGUAUCAAGCGCAACCUAUGGGACGUCGUGAUCCGGCUUCCGCCACAGCACGCAAAGUACGCGAAAGAGAAAGUGUGGCCUACAGCCGAACACAGCUCCGGCGUGCCGCUGCUCGCUACACAACGCGAUCUCCGUCGCUACCGCGCCCUCACGAAGAGUCUCAAGAACCGGUAUCGUCGGAAACAGUCGCUGUUCCUGGACGAUGAGGACGACGACGCGGGAAAUCCGAUCAUCCGUGCACCCGGAGACGUCGACGACGAUGACGACCAUGAACCGAACAAUAUCGAGGAGCUGUGCGAGAAACUCACCUGGCGGGAAAUUGCAUACUCGAGCUUUAUUUGGUGGGCGUCGGCGGGAGAGCAGCAGCGCUCCGAUGCAGAAGCCGAGGACGGGAGGCUGCUCAUGGACUCGCAGUUCGCGUACACGCCCACCACAGCACCAGACUAUGCUCAGCAGCAAAACCAACAGACGGAUGAUAGUGAUACGGAGCCGUUGCAAGCGACUACGUCCUCCUCCGCCUCACCGGAGCCGGUAGCACGCCGUAGACCACGUAGAGGCAGCCUACUCCGCCGGCGCAGCACCAACUUGCGACAAGAGGGCGUCGGUAGUGAGGAGAUGGAUGUAAUCGCCUACUUCCACCGGAUGACUCAACGGAUCUUUUCCGGGCUGGCAGACCGUCUUGACGAAGACGAUGAGAGGGAAGAGGGGGAUGAUGAUGAUGACGGAGAGGAGCUGGUGGACGACAAAACCACCGUUGUAAGCCUCGAUGAAGUAGAAAGAAUGGGUCUGGAUCGGUACUCGGAGGCCGACGUUGAGAUGCUGAAGGAGAUUGUUGUGCGCUGGUGGGGACGCGAGGUGGAGGUCGAGAAGGGGAGGUUACGAUGCUGUGGAGUUGAGUGCGGGUAGGUGCGGGGUGGUACGGGUGGGUAUUCUUAUGGGAGGCUUGGGGGCAUGUAGAUUUGCGUUUGCGGUGUGAUGUUCGUGCUUGAGGUUUGUUUGUUUACUUGAUUUUGCCGCGUUUAAUGUAUGCGAUGUUGGGUUGCGUUGGUAGUGGGCAUAAAUUAGCACUCACCACAGAUAUCUCUAGCGGGGGGCAUGUGCAGUGGCAUUUUGCUCGGGAGAGAAGACGAUGGCACGCUCGAUCGGCCAAUCGAAAGCUUGAUUGCAAUUGCAGUAGUUUAUGGGAGGGUUCAUUGGUAUCAGAUGUGUAGGUUAGUGGUCGCUGCUAGGUCUCGAGCUCAGGAUGUGGUGUUUAGGAACCGCGGGCGGUUGAAAAUUGAACUUCCACAGAGAUCCUAUAUAUGAAUGGUCUUCACGAGCGGCAUAGCAAUUUCACGGAUCAAUGCGCG